UUCCAAAUGCGGUGAACCCCUCAGCGCCGGACGCUCCAGAAGACAACGCCAUACCGGAGUCCAUUCCCAGUCACCCGCCUGACCAAGGUCGGAUUGGGCCCGAGAUACCAGGAAACACUGACACCAUGAAUCAGGAUGCGGGUUCCUCAUCCAACUCAGACGGCAUUCUCGGAUCCAGGGUGGCUGUGUUCUCCGCCAUUGGUGCCGGCUGCAUCAUCUUCCUUCUGCUCAUCCUCCUCCUCGUCAUCCUGCUCAUCAAGAUGCGCAAGCGCGCUAGGAAAAACGCCCACUCCCAGCCCCGCCCCUCGGCGCUGUCGCUCAGCACGCUGUCCAAUCCCAAGCUGCCCGGGGGCACAGCUGGCACUGAGCCCAGCGACAUCAUCAUUCCGCUGCGGACAGAGAACAACUACUGCCCUCACUAUGAGAAGGUGAGCGGCGACUAUGGCCACCCUGUCUACAUUGUCCAGGAGAUGCCCCCGCAGAGCCCCGCCAACAUCUACUACAAAGUCUGACAUGCUCCGCACAGCCCGCGACAGCCAGGAGAGAGAAAGGAGGAGCGCUUGAUUUAUGUUCCUGGGAAGAACACCUUCCUUUGCAUUCUGGGGACUUGAUGCUUCUGCAAGCCCCUGUUAUUUCUACCACCUGCUGCACAAAUCUGGAGAGACACGCACUGACCAGUAACCAGCGGGGUUGUGAGCUGACUGAUGAGAGGUUUAUUAUGUUUGUUUGGAUUGUCUGAAAAUCCCCACCCUCCUGUUCCUCCUCCUCCCUUCACCUCCCAACUUCUACGUCUCCCUGCUGUGCCCCAACAGGGGGGCAGGGCUGGAGCAAACCAACAGAUGGAACUUUAGCUUCCUAGUUUGCUGUCCCCUUUAAUGGGCAGGAUAUAACUUAUCUCAGUUCCCUGAAGUACAGUCUUUGCUACACCCAAUUAAACACACCACCCGAGCACACAUAGCCAGGAACAGGCAGACACAGGCCCCGAAUGCCACUCAGCCUGCAGUUUGUGUGCAAGCAUAAAAUGUGUGUGUGAGAGUGUGUGUGUGCGUGUGUGUGUGCGUGCAUGUGUGUGUAUUAGUCAGGGCUCCGCGCUGGACCAGGAAACUCUCCAGAUAGCUCAGGUAUCAGACACAGUGUGUGAAAUAAUGUGUUCCUCUCCCUUCGCACCUCUGAUGUUUGCCUUACUUACUAUUUUUGAUGGAGGAUUUCCUCGAACCCUGCGUCAGUUCACAAAGCAGUUGUAUUUUGUUAGACUUUUCCUACAAGUGCACAAUGUAUAGAGUUGAAUAGAUCUUCGUUAUUACCCCCCAUCUUCUCACUCACCCACGUCAUCCAUUGCAUUACAUUUUUUUCCUCUCCCAAAAGAAUCACCUUGACCUGGACUGUUGAUGUCGAGGUGUGUAUGUGUAGUUGCAUAUUAGUAUUUGUACGUGUGUGUGUUCCUGGAAAUACUUCCCUCUCCACUGGUCUGAUGUGAGCUUUACCAUUACCCUGGUAUUUAUGACCUACUUGUGUGUAUCUGUGUCCUCUGGGAGUAUAUGUGUGUGUGUGUGUGUGUGUGUGUGUGUGUUUGGACAUGUCUAGACCAGUCUAGUAUCCGGGCAGACUUAUUGGCUUAUGGGUAGAACAGUAAGUUACUGUAUCAUGUACUUCAAAAACAAGACAGACAGACCGACGCUCAGAAAAGACAGACAUGCCCGAGAUCUUACGAAACCCAUCUAGCACUCUAGCUGGCAUCAACUGAAGGUUUGUUUUUUUGUGUGUCUGUGUCUGAUGAGCUUUCAGGCUUUAAAAAAAAAAUAGCAGGCAGGUUGAUAUUUGUUUGUUCCAGCUUCUUGUGCUACAGUGUAAGGAUCAAACAGUUCGCCGCGUGCCUGCUGUUAGGCGAGGUUGGACGUAGGCUGGGUGCUAGGCGCUGAUUGGCUGGCCUACAUAGGUAAGGAUGCCCUAUAUAUAAAGUUGGACGGCAAGCCGCGGCAGAACAUCGAGAUGCAUUAUUGUCAGAUGCCAAUUGGCUGCCAUCUGUAGAUGAGUCAGUGGUAUCGCCAGCAUGUGACUAAUCUAUGUGCCAUCUCCAGUGCCCACACUCACCAGCCGGGGAGGAAAGAGAGACAGAGGAGGGGGGGGGGGGUAAAGGAGAAAAUGUUCCUGUGAUUUGGCUUUAACCUGAGAGGGAAGAUGGCAGUGGGUAUGGGAGGUGGGGUGAGGGGGGUGGUGGGGGUAGUUUAACAUUCUUUUUUUUUUUCUUUCCAUCCUCUCACCAGUUGUGCUGUGAAUAAAAAGUGCUGUGCAGAAUAUUCCUCAGUCAAGGUGUUCAGCCUGCGAGGACACUGCAGCUCAGCUAUCACACAGCCCAGGGCAGCGGCACCGAGGCAGGAUUUACUGCAGCUGGAGGUGUGCACACUAAAAGCUCCCCUUUUAGGUGGGGUGGGGGGGCGGCAGGUGAUGGGAUCUGUCUGUGUGAACAUGUAGGGGCUUCUACAUGUGCUUAUUUGGGCUUAUAUCCCUCCAUGUGUGUGCAGGUGUAUAUAUAUGUGUGUGUGUGUGUGUGGAGGCUUCUGUGGUCUUGCCGCUGAGCAGACUUGUUUCGGGGACUGGAAGGUGGGCGCUCUCGAACAGUGUGGCUGCCAGAGUGCGGAGCGCCGCAGUCCUGCCUAAUGAUGUGUGAGAGGAGAGCAGGGGAGAUAAGAGAGCGGCCAUUCCUCAGCGUGCAGACACAAGCUGACGUUUGAUGCACAUACACACACACACACACACACACGACACACCAAGACUGACGGGUCCAGGUUUUUAUCUCCAGUCAAACGGUCGUACUGCCGGUGAAUGUUUACUCACCGGGCGAAGGGACCUAUCAUCCGCUGCCACUAACUAUUGCCAUCCACAGACACACACUGCUGAGAUAAAAAAAGCAGCCCAGCUUGAAGACUCGGGGAAGACUCCGAUAGCUUUUGCGUGUCGUUAACCUUGGGAGUUAACAACCUAAACAGCUGCUCGUGCUUACGCGGUCCUGUGUUUUAACUCAGCAUGCAGCCCUCAGUGGCCCCUCUGUGAAACACAUCCAGAUCAAAUAUUUUUGUUUCGGACCGAUGCGCAUCCAUUCACCUAAACCAGCCAAGGGAGUCAUUACCAAAUUACCACAAACCAUAUCUCAUUUUCAUUCAUUCUCGUGACCACUUCACGUUGUUCAAAUUUGGGGGGUCGAAAAAAAAAACCUUAAGAGGAGAUAUCAGAGAAAUGUAAAUAUAUGGAUAGAGCCCAAUUUAAGAUGUAAUUUCACCUGAACACUGCUCAUAAUAAAAAUUUAAGAUUAGAUUUUUGUAAUGGAGGAUGUUUGUAAAUAGCUGUCUUUUUAAAGUGUGUUUUGUAUGAAUCCUUGCAUUUUUGUCUCUGUUUGCAAUAUGAUUUUAUUUCAUUUUCUUUUAGGGUUAAAUCCGAAUAUUGCAACGGACACGCAGGCUGUCUUUUUAUUUGCAGUGUCCAGUAUUGUCAAAAAAGUCUUUGUUACCACACGUGUUAAAGAAAAAAAGAGAAAAACACAAUAACCUGGGGUACAGAGUUUUUACAUCGCCAUUCAACAGGAUCCUAGUUGCUCAGAAAACUGUUCAGGACUGAAGCAGCUUUGAAAUGGAUAUGUCAUGAUAAUGAUAAGUUCCCUGUUGGAGACAGCACUUAACUCUGCAUAUGAAGACUGUGUUAUUCCACUGCCUUUGAGGUACCCACACCUUCCACUCCAUUAUGAGAUGUAACAAAAACAUUUUUGGUCCACAAUGAUUAAUCUUCUCUCCGUUUUUAAUAAGUCGAAGAGAGAGGCGGAGAGAGAGAGCGGAGAGAGAGCGGAGAGGGGGAAAAAAUCAGAGGAAAAAAAGAAAAAGGGGGCCACGUAUGAGUGUGACCGCUGCACUCGCCAAUAAAUCAUCUGGUUUACACCACUCAUUAUCUCCCAGGCGGUCCUUUGUUUUAAAGUUGCUCUCUCUCUCUUUCACUCCCUCCGCCCCUCUCCUUUGUCAUCUCUCUUUUUCCUAAUUUAGCACAAGGAUGUCAGUUGCUCAUGUUCUGAGUCUCACCGUAGGUUGACUUCUGCUCUUGUUCAAAGCCACAGUAUUAUUUUACAAUGUGCAUGUGUAAGCAAAAACCUGUUGAAUUUGUUUCCCUUUGUUUGAAUCAUAACUGUCAAGUUUUGUUAUUUUAUUUCUUUUUUUUGCCAUUCACUUUUUUGCCGCUUCUCAGCGUAACCUAUUGGCACCAGCUACAAUGGAUAUAACGUUCCACCAGUUUGGAAACAUCCGCAUUAUUGAUAAAUAAAAUUUUUCCCAUGGAAAAA